GUGUACAGCGAGGCAUUCUGGCUUGCGCAUGACCUCUCGGUGCGCACACGGGCGCAGAGAGGUAGAGGGGUGCUGCUGGGCAGCGGGCGCAAGCGGCCAUAGCCGGACCUGCUUGUGGAAUGCCGCUGGGCGAUGGUGAUUUUCGGGAGGAGGUGCACAUAGUGGGUGGAGAGGGAGACGUGAAGGAGAGGUGAGUGAUACACGUACCUGGUGUGUAUGCGGCAGUCUGCAUGGGCUACGUCGUCACGUACAUUCUGCAUGGGCUACGUCGUCACGUACAUUCUGCAUGGGCUACGUCGUCACGUACAUUCUGCAUGGGCUACCUCGUCACGUACAUUGGUCUAGGGGGCUGGAAGUGGAGCUUGGUUGCUUCGUCAUUUAGGUGUAGGGCAGUAUAGGUUCUGAGUAGUGGUAGGCUGGGCGCCUAUCAAGAACGAGGGCGACAUUGGAUACAUUGUUCAUGGUUGUGAGAAGAGGGGCUGACAUUGACAUUGGAAUUCAUUGCUUCUCUUCUUUGGCCUUGUAUCUCAGUGCUGUCUGCUUUCUGCGUUCUGCUUGCGGCACGACUAUCUCUGGUCUUCAAGGUGAUGACGUGGACUGUGGAGGAGGAGGUGGUGACGUGGACUGUGGAGGAGGAGGUGGUGACGUGGACUGUGGAGGAGAAGGUGGUGACGUGGACUGUGGAGGAGGAGGUGGUGACGUGGACUGUGGAGGAGGUGGUGACGUGGACUGUGGAGGAGGAGGUGGUAACGUGGACUGUGGAGGAGGAGGNGAGGUGGUGACGUGGACUGUGGAGGAGGUGGUGACGUGGACUGUGGAGGAGGAGGUGGUAACGUGGACUGUGGAGGAGGAGGUGGUGACGUGGACGAGGAGGAGGAGGUGAUGACGUGGACCCGGGGGAGGAAGUGGUGACGUGGACCCGGGGGAGUUGGUGGUGACGUGGACCCUGACGUGGACUGGGCAGGAGGAGGUGGUGACGUGGACCCGGAGGAGGAGGUGAUGACGUGGACUGUGGAGGAGGAGGUGGUGACGUGGACGCGCAGUGAUGAGGUGGAUGGGCAUGAGGAGGGCAGAUGGGAGGGAGUUCUGGUGAGAGCUCAGGAAAGUGAAAAGAGUGCGAGCGAAGCUGUGAACAUC